AUGCCUACCUACUAUACCAUUGUCAUCAUCACCAUUCUCCUUGCAGCAACUGCUGCUCAAGGAGAUGGAGAUGGUUUCUCCUUCAAAAUAUCGCCCAGCCGCAUGUUCAACCCCAAUGUCAGCCAUCUUCUCACCGUUUCCAAAAUCCGUUUUUCUAAAUCCUCCGACACAUACAUAAAUGGAACCCCAUCCAGCCUGUUCUAUGUGAAAGUUGACGUCGGCAGUCCUCCCUUCCCAGUUACCCUUGCCUUGGACACGAUCAGUCCCCUCACAUGGCUCCAGCCGGCCGAGUGUGAGGUUUGCUUCCCACUGUCAUUUCCGUUUGAUCCCAUAAACUCAACCACUUUCUACCCACUACCUUCAAACAGCAACAUUUGUUCUCCAUCCAUUGCCUACCCUAGUUCCGGUGGCGUUUGCAUGUAUGACGCAGCAGAAACGCUUGGCACCAAAGGUUACUUUGGUGUUGACUACUUCGGUCGGAAUCAGAUUGCUUUUGGGCUUGGGGUGAAUAACACAGUGGUGUUCGACAUCGGCCGUAAAGGGGAUGAUCUCAUUGCUGGCACCUUUGGCCUGGGAAAGGGCCAUCCUUCCAGCAUAAUAAAUCAGCUCAACUACAGCCGCUUUGCUUGGUGCUUACCAGAAAAGUUGCGGGCGCAGGAUCCGGACCAUCCUCCUACCCUUGAUUUGGGGGGUGAUGCCUUCAUCAACGAUACUGUCCCAGGUCGUCACACAACGCCGUUAGCCAUCGACACCAGCUAUAAUUACUUCAACUUGACGUUCAUAAGACUCAAUGGAGAAAUUGUGUACAUGGCAGUAAACCCUUCUCGGCCAAAAGCGACAUACGUCAUCCUUGACGCUGGGUUUCCCCUGACGAUGUUGGUCAACGAGGCUUUCUACGGUCUCCAGGGCGGUGUAAUCGGGUAUUUCGCCAACAUCUACGGCUGGAAGCCUAUUAACAAAACCAAGUCUGGAUACGACUUGUGUUUUGAUCUGCCAAACAAUAUGUCCAGUGGUGACAUUGUCUUCCCCAGAGUUGAGGCGGAGUUCCUCGGCGGAGCCGUCUUCGAGCUCAAAAGAUCUUUUGUGACCGUGGAAGAGGUGCGCGAGGUUUGCAUGACUCUCAUCUUGCUGGAUCCUGAAGGUCCCAACAUUGUUGGUGCUGAGCAGCAAAUGGGUUUUCGUUUCAUGAUUGACUAUGCUCAGUCUAGCCUAACCUUCGCCCCAAAUAUGUGCUAG